AUGAAUGAAUUCAAAAUCGUGGUUGCUGGAGAUAAUUUGGAGACGGAAAAUGCACUAUUUAUCAGUAACCAUCUCUCUUUGGUCGAUUAUAUAAUAUUUCCAUUUUUAACAACCAAAACCCUGGAGGAAGCUGCUAGACAGCAAAACAAUCUUUCGGGUCUCGAGUCACCCAUCUACGCCAAAGAUUUAACAUCAUUUUUGCUACCAAAGCUUCAGUUCUUUACAUGGUUCCAGAUUUGGAAUAUGCCAAGCGGUAGAUUUUGGGCACGAAUAUCACAGACUGAUGAAAAUUGGGAAUUGGACGGACAAACUUUGGGGUCUACUUUCAGUGAAUACUUGGAGCAAUCCAGAGGAACUCAGUGGCUAAUCACAUUCCCUGAGGUAAACAUAUUUACUGAAAAGAAUAGUAAGAUGGAGCAAAUUAUGGGGGAGAAAUACUACUUACCGCAUCUGGAGCAUGUUCUUUACCCAAGAUUUUCAGGAUUCGCUAACUGCAUCGGAGGUCUUUACAAAGCAGAGUUCAACAGAAUAUAUGAUACUACAUUGGUGUAUUUUCAAAGAAGCAAAGAAACAGGAAAGAUUAUCAACUUCACUGCACCAAAUUUGCUGCAGGCGCUUGGAUUGAUUGAGGAUGAAAUCGUCAUUAUAGUUCAUAUCCACGGUAAGUUACUGAAUCGAGUUCGUCUGAGAAGAGACAAACUGGAGAAAUGA